UAGGCAUGAACCAUAAGGUCAAUAAAUUUUAACGGGCAACUCUUUCAAGCUUUACGGUAAGUGUUGUGGCGCUUAUGCUCGCGACAUUACGGUAGUCGUGCCGUUCACUAUGGCGGCGCCCUGCACGCAGAAUUUGUGCUUUUCGCCGGUUCUCCAGCUCACCGAAACGCCGUGUCUUCUAUUAACAUAGCUAAAGGAAGGAAUAUUUUCAAACUGUUUAACUGCUAUUAAACUGCACUCUGCACGUCCGAAUGAUGCCGAAGCUGCAGCUGCUCCUCCUGAGAGGCUCGCGCCACUGGCCUGCGUCCUCGCGCGCAGCGAGCACCGUCGCGCGCGACAAAUUCGACGUCAUCGUCGUGGGUGGGGGUCACGCGGGGACCGAGGCGGCAGCCGCAGCGGCCAGGGUCGGAGCGGAGACCCUGCUCAUCACCCAGCAGAUCAGAACCAUCGGCGCUCUUUCCUGCAACCCCUCUUUGGGUGGAGUGGGCAAAGGGCAGCUUGUCCGAGAGGUGGACGCUCUGGAUGGACUGUGUGGCCGAGCCGGGGACCGGGCCGGGAUCCACUUCUCCAUUCUGAACCGCAGGAAAGGACCGGCUGUAUGGGGGCCCCGCGCUCAGCUGGACCGCGAUCGGUACCGCGAGUUCAUUCAGGCCGAGCUGUUUUCCACGCCCAGGCUGACCGUUAUUGAGGGCGCUGCGGAAGGUCUUCUCACGUCGGACCCGAGGCCAGAUAGGCCCGGUCAACUCCGAGUCACCGGGGUUCGCUUGGCAAACAGCGAGACGCCCAUCAGCUGCGAAUCUGUCGUUCUCACCACUGGCACCUUCCUGUCUGGCUCCCUCUUCAUGGGCCGGAGCACGACCCCCGGAGGGCGGAUGGGGGAACCGCCGUCGUGCUCCGGCCUCUCCCACACGCUCAGGGAAACGCUGGGGUUGAAGGUGGGCCGCCUGAGGACAGGAACUCCCCCCCGCAUAGCGAAGGACACGGUGCAGCUGUCCCUCGCGGAGCUGCGGCCCCCAGACGAGCAGCCGACUCCCUUCAGCUUUAUGAACAAACGCACGAGCUGCAAGCCGGAGGAUCAGCUGCCGUGCUACCUGACCUACACCACACCUGGAGUGGAGAGGGUGGUGCGGGAGAGCCUGCACCUCAACGCUCACAUUCAGCAGGAUGCCAAAGGCCCUAGGUACUGUCCGUCCAUCGAGUCUCGGGUGCUGCGGUUCCCUGGACAGAAGCACCAGGUGUGGCUGGAGCCUGAAGGAGUGGCUUCCGACCUGCUGUACCCUCAGGGCAUGUCCAUGACCCUCCCCCCGGAGCUCCAGCUUCAGCUCAUACGGCAGAUUCCCGCUCUACAGAGGGCCGAGAUCCGCGCUCCGGGUUACGGAGUGCAGUAUGACUUUGUGUGCCCGACUCAGCUGACCCCCUCGCUGCAGGUCAAAAAAGCUCAAGGGCUCUUUCUCGCUGGGCAGAUCAAUGGGACCACGGGCUACGAGGAGGCGGCUGCACAGGGUCUGUGGGCUGGGGUCAACGCAGGUCGGACAGCUCUUUCCCUGCCCCCCCUCUCGCUGUCUCGCAGCCAGAGCUACAUCGGGGUUCUGAUCGAUGACUUGGUGGUUCAGGGGGUGACGGAGCCCUACCGCAUGUUCACGAGUCGAGCAGAGUUCAGAACAUCUCUAAGGGCUGACAACGCCGACAUCCGCCUCACUCCCAGAGGCUUCGAGGAGGUCGGCUGCGUGUCCGCGCAACGUUACAGGGAGGCGGUUCGAGUGCGGGACGCCCUGGCGGACGCAAUGGCCGCGCUGCAGUCUAUCUCAAUGUCCUCCACGAAGUGGAUGAAAAUUCUGGGACAGGUGCACCUGAGUAAGGAGAACAGCACUAAAAUCAGUGCCAUGGAUCUCUUGGAAUACAAAGAUGUAACUUUUGAGAUGCUGGCAGCCGCCUUCCCAGAAUACCUUUCCCCUUACCUGGAGUUCUCACAGAGGCUGAACAUUGAAGGACUGUACCGCCCUUAUUAUAUAAUGCAAAAGGAAGAGAUCGAAAGGAUGAGGAAGGAGGAGAACCUCUCUCUCCCUCAGGAUCUGGACUAUCUGUCCCUCCCAGUCUCACUCUCCACAGAGGUCAGAGAGAUCCUAGACCGGGCCAGGCCACACACACUGGGAGCUGCUACUCGGUUACCAGGAAUUACCCCCAGCGCAAUCAUUCAUCUUCUUCGCUAUGUCUGCAAGACAGACAGGAAAAGGGAGGUGCAGAGCACAGACAUGUAGAUAGUGGUAUUUCGUGGUAAGAA